AUGUUACAGGAAGUUGAGCGCGUCGAAAACUUCGUUGGUGAUAUAAAAGCUCAGCUCAUAUUUCAUCGCAAGAAUUCGUGGUGCACCGCUAUCAAUUCGAACUUUGAAGCUGUGUGGAAAGCCCUCCGUCUGCUGGUGGGCGUGGGGGUCGUUCUCGCCGCCCACGAAGCCGCGUACAGGCGUCUCCACGUGGGCGAGGGACUGGCUGAUGCUGAUGUGAGGAUAGAGUACACCCACGCCUCUGUCACGCAGUGUGCCAUCCGCGCCGGGCAGAGCGGUGCCGAAGUGUUCUCGAGCCUGACACUCCCAGGAGCCGGCGUGCAGUGCCGCCUCGCCCGCCCUGACAUCGACCCUCUGCAGCCUAUCCCUGUGGCACCCAACCCAAACGAGGACACUUGGGCCAUGCUGAAAGAUCCCGAGCCAACAACCACAACCGCGUCUCCUACGACAACAACCACAGGAGCCGGAGGUGGAGCCUGUGCGAUUGUCUGCGAUACUGCAACUCCCUCUGCUUGGGUCAUCAACUACAACUACAUUGGAUGCAGCUUCUAUGACCAGUGCAGUCCGACAGGGAACGUACGGAAGAAUUGCGCACCGGGGACUGUGCUUGGAAACCCCUCCUGCAUGUUCCCUGACCCAACGACCGUGUGCCCGUGUCCGGAGUGAAGAAGGGGGAGGGGGGGAGGGGGAGGGG